AUGGAGAAGAGAUCAGGCUCAAGCUACUACUGGUUUUGGCUUCUCCUGCAAAUUCUACUGAUUAAUGUUCUUGGGCUUCAUUGCCAGCCCCCUCCAGAUUCUACCUCUUUCAUAAGCAUCGAUUGCGGGAUCGGCGAUGGCACCAGCUAUGUCGAUAACACCACUGGCUUGACCUAUGUUUCCGACGACGCUUACAUAGACUUGGGCAAAGACUACACCAUUGGCUCGACCUACUUAUCCUCCUUCCGGUUGCAAUUAACCACCUUGCGCAGCUUCCCCAACAGCACGCGUAGCUGCUACACGUUGCGACCGGUGGUGCAAUACUACAAGUACUUGGUGCGCGCUUACUUCUUGUACGGCAACUACGAUGGACUCCAUAAGGCUAACACAAUCAAUCCUUUGGAAUUCGAUGUUUACAUCGAUGUUAACAUGCUGAUGACAAUGAGCAUACAAAACGAGUCUUAUACAUAUAGAGCAGAGGCUUUGAUCGUUGCGGUGGUCAACAGUUCUGUAUCGAUUUGUCUGGUGAAUACCGGCAACGGAGUACCCUUCAUAUCGUCUUUGGAGCUGAGACGCAUAGAUUCCUCUUUGUACACGCUAGUCAAUGACAGUUUCUAUCUUCAAGUCUUCGCCAGGCGAAACCUGGGUGCAACUCAAACCAUAAGGUACCCGACGGAUCCGUACGAUCGCAUCUGGACAGAGUUGACGAAUGCUCCUUAUUGGACCAACAUCAACACCACUCGGCCGAUCGAAUACUUCACCAAUGACGAGUACAGGGUGCCGGUGGCCGUCAUGCAGACGGCGGUCACCCCCUCCGGCGUCGGUGGCGUCACGGACAUUGCAUUCCACUGGGACUUCGCCGACACCGGGUUUCGCAACAAUCAGUUCUACAUCAACUUAUAUUUCUCCGAGUUCGAUGCCCUCCUCCCCAAUCAGUCCAGGGCCGUCGACAUAUUUCUCAACGGCGAGAUUGCGAGAGCGGACUACGCCCCUCCCUACCUUUUGGCGGAUUCCCUCUACAGCAUCGACCCCCUCAACCCAAACGAUACCUAUCUGUGGGAGAUCAAGCCCAACGACAGCUUCAACCUGCCUCCUAUCUUGAAUGCCUUGGAGAUAUUUUCCCCCAUGCACCUCGAGAACGUGACGACCAAUGAGAGAGAUGUUGAUGCCAUUAACGCCAUCAAGGCUCAAUACAAAGUGAAGAAGCAAUGGACAGGUGAUCCCUGUUCACCAGUAGAAUAUAGAUGGGCUGGUUUGAAUUGUAGCUAUAUUUCAGAGCCCCCAAGUAUCACAGCUGUAAAUCUGUCUUAUAGUGAACUGACUGGUGAAAUAUCCCCUUCCUUCAGUGAACUUUCAGCAAUCAAUUAUCUGGAUCUAUCUUACAAUAACUUGACUGGAAUGAUACCUGAUGUAUUAGGAAAAUUAUCCCAGCUUAAAGUUCUAUAUUUAAUGCAAACCAACAUUGAUAAGACAAUACCUCCUUCGCUUAGUAGAAGAGUGAAUGAUCAGCUGCUACAGAUUAUAUUUGAUAAUGCUCCUCCUCCAAGCCCACCUCCUUCCUCCAAUAAUAAGACCAUUGUCAUUGUGAUAUCAGUAAUUGGUGGGUGUUUUGUGCUAAUAAUGGCUGUGGUAUUGGUUUGGUGGUGCAUUUGGAAACGGCAUCCAGGUUCAGUCCCUAAUCCAGGCAAAAGACAUCUUGAGGAAAAAAAUAGUCUAUAUGAUACACCUAAUCCUCCACAGCCUCAUUCUCUGACAACAAACCCUCAUGUAAUGAGAUUUUCAUACACACAGUUGAUUGGCAUAACUAACAAUUUUGCUAAGAAAAUUGGGAAAGGGGGAUUUGGAGUUGUGCUUCAUGGUUGUUUGGAAAAUGGAAAGCAAGUAGCUGUCAAGUUGAAUUCUCAAUCAUCGCCGCAAGGGGAAAAGCAAUUUGGUGCUGAGGUUCAGAAUUUGACAAGAAUUCAUCAUAAAAACCUGGUUGAAUUGAUUGGAUACUGCAUUCAUGGAGAAGGCCUAGCUCUUGUUUAUGAAUAUAUGGCUCAGGGAAGCCUUCAUGAUCAUUUGAUUGGUUAUGAAACCAUGGCAUUACUGCUAAAUAAUUCUUGCAAGUAGAUUAUGUUGAU